AUGUCUUUCUCCUUAAGCAAGAAUGAUAGCAUCAUGAACACAAAUUUAUUUCUUACAUCAGAAUUUCAGGAGAAUGUGCAGACAACACCUAAACCUGCCUUCACCGGCUACCCUAAGGUGUCACCCAAUAAACCUUUUACGUACCCAACCCCAUCGUCUUCUACCUCGCUCGCGGUUCAGACGCCGACAACCCCGAAGCCCGCCUUCUCCGGCUAUCCUAAAGUCACGCCUGAGAGACCUCUUACGUAUCCCACACCGUCGUAUUCAACCAGCCUCGCCGUUCAGACACAAAAGCCUACAUUUUCUGGUUACCCAAAAGUAACUCCUGAAAAGCCGUUUACAUACCCUACGCCAGCAGUUUCUACUACUAGUGCCGUACAAACAACUAGACCACCGUACACAUACGUGCCCCCAUCUACUACAACCCGUCCCACCACAAGACCACCUUACACAUACGUUCCUCCGUCUACUACAACUCGACCCACCACCACAAGGCCGUCUUAUACCUACGUACCUCCGUCCACCACCACACGUCCCACCACCACAAGACCACCAUAUACGUAUGUGCCUCCUUCUACCACUACUCGCCCCACCACCACAAGACCGCCAUACACGUACGUACCUCCGUCGACCACGACUCGUCCCACCACAAGACCCCCAUAUACCUAUGUACCUCCAUCUACAACUACUCGCCCAACCACCACAAGACCGCCUUAUACUUAUGUACCGCCAUCUACCACCACUCGACCGACGACGACCACUACAAGAGCGCCUAUAACUGGUUACCCGAGAGAAACUCCGGCAAAACCGUUCACAUACCCUCCUCCGCCUUCUAGUACUAGACCGCCGUAUACUUAUGUGCCUCCAUCCACUACUACGCGUCCUACGACAACAAGACCUCCCUAUACAUACAUACCUCCAUCUACCACGACUCGCCCCACAACCACAAGACCACCAUACACUUAUGUACCUCCUUCUACAACCACUCGCCCAACCACCACUAGACCGCCUUAUACUUACAUACCUCCGUCUACCACCACUCGUCCCACCACAACUAGACCGCCUUAUACUUACGUACCUCCGUCUACAACCACUCGUCCCACCACCACAAGACCACCUUAUACUUACGUACCUCCGUCUACCACUACUCGUCCCACAACAACCUCUACAAGGGCACCUGUAACUGGUUACCCGAGAGAAACUCCGGCAAAACCGUUCACAUAUCCUCCUCCAUCUUCUAGUACUAGACCACCAUACACAUAUGUGCCUCCAUCCACUACCACGCGACCUACCACCACGAGACCUCCGUAUACGUAUGUACCUCCCUCUACCACCACUCGUCCCACAACUACAAGGCCGCCGUACACGUACGUGCCCCCAUCCACAACCACACGACCUACUACCACAAGACCACCAUACACAUACGUGCCACCAUCUACGACAACCCGUCCCACCACCACCAGACCGCCAUAUACAUACGUACCUCCAUCUACUACCACUAGGCCCACUACAAGACCCCCGAUAACUGGUUACCCCAAAGAAACUCCAGCCAAACCAUUCACGUACCCCCCUCCGCCUCCGCCUUCUAGUACAACCGUUCGCCCCACCACCACCACAACCCGCCCUGCGGUGACCGGCUACCCCAAAGAGACCCCCGCGGUGCCGUUCACGUACCCGCCGCCGCUGCCUCCUUCCCCCAGCACGCAGGCGCCGGUCACGGGCUACCCGAGGGUGACGCCGGACAAUCCACUCACGUACCCGCCGCCAGCCGGCUACCCCAGGGAGGUGCCAGCUAUCCCAUUCAGGUACCCGGCGCCGGAGAGCGCGCGGGCGUCGGCGUUCAAGCCGUUCUCGGCGGUGCCGCAGCGGCCGCGCGGCAUCCAGCGCAUCUCGUCCAACAACCCGUUCAUCACCACCACGCCCGUGGCGCCGUACGCCGAGGACGAGGCGGGCGCCUUCUCGGGGCUGACGGAGUUCGUGCGCGUCAUCCCGCGCAGGCAGCUCCGCCGACGCGACGUCUCCCACGUCGUCGCCCCCGCCCCCGCCCCCGCCCCGGCCUCAGGCGCGGCCGCCGCCGGCUCGCCGGCCAGCGGCUUCUCCGUGCCCAACCCCGACGACCCCGCGGUCCUCCAGGGCUACGAUCACGCCACCUGCAGGGGCAGGCCUGACGGCAACUCAUCACGUGCUGGUGUUCGGCAGGGAGGCUUCCCAGGGUCUCAAGUCACCCGACCACCCCAUCCCAUCCACCCCACCCAUCCUAGCCAUCCUAACCUCCCCAUCCAACCAUUCCGCUCGCAAGCCGCGGCCUCCGUGCCCGCUCCGGCCGGAACUGCAGUCGCCGACUCGCGCAUCGACGGUCCCUCGGGCGAAGCCGCCGCCAGCCCCGCCUUUCCCGCCUUCCACGCCUUCCACGCCGCCGCCACCUCAGCGGACGAGCUGAGGGCGCCCGCCGUCGACGCCCCCAGGGCGGACUUCAGGGACUACGCCGGCAGCGAGACGUUCGCGGCAAUCGCGGAGGCCAUGGCUGCGGCGAUGGAGGCAGCGGAGGCUCCAGCAGCCGGCGCAACUGCAGCGCUAGCGCCCGCGAACGACGACGCUGCAGCGGUGGCAGCGGCCGUCGCAGCGGCCCCAGCCGCCCACGCCGCUGCCCACGACGUGGAAGUGCUGCCCGCGCUCUCCUACAGCCUGGACGGGACGGAACGCGUGGAUCACUAG